AUGAACAUGUCGCAGUUGAGUGCCCGCAAUUCUUUGCUUUACUCGAUCGAACUGUUGAUGAAACUGUGCUAUAAUCUGGAUUCGGAAAAUCUACAAACACUCGCCUUGCAGCUUAGCGUUCGUUGUCGCAAUCUGCAGAACGAUUUGAAACGUGUAUCGUCAGCGAACGCUCAUCCGAGGCCAGCCCUUUGCUGCGGCCAGCUGCCGGACAGAGUCCACCUUUUACUGGAAAUUUCAUGUUUAGCCGAAGACACAAAGCGAAUCAUUUCUUGGCUAGACAGGAACCCGUUUAAUAUUACUAGCUACUAUCGAACUUUUCGAAACUCUGUUCUUCAUGUGGUCGUACAAAUAAUACAGUUAACACAGAAUGGGUCCAAGGACAUUCUGGAAAACCUGAAGAAUAUUCAGAUGUUGGUAAAGUUGUGUGCCAUUUGCGAUCGCCUGGUUGAAGAAACCAAAGACCCGCUUGUCAUCCAAACGGCAUAUUUACGGAAGGUGUAUCUCCGAAAGCUGAGGUCCAACGACGAAUGGGGUAUUAAUCUCGAGUCACCGUACCGUGGCGUACAUUUCAUAUCCAGUAUUCGCUUCCAGUCACCAGCUGAUCUCUGCGGCAAGGUGAACAUCGGCGACGAAAUCGUUGAAAUUGACGACCAGGUCGUGAUUGGAUGGCAGCGAAAAUGUCUGCUGUCGUUGUUGAAAUCGAAGGAGCAUCAUGCUUGCCUCGUGCUUAAAAAACACCCGGAAAAUACCUGUUCUGUCGCGAAGAGCUUUACCGGAAAGCCCAAGUUCCUGACAGCCGACAUUACGCGUGCUAAAUGUAGAAAAGAGCGCAGGCGUUCCGCUAGCGUCAUGCUUAUACCGGUGUCGUUUGAAUGUUGUGGUCAAAAUGUUGAGUUUCCAAAAGAAGGGUGA